AUGGGUUGCUCAAGUUCAACUGAAAUUAGUGUUAGAAGAUCUCAAAUAUAGCUUUUCGAAGCAGAUGGAGAAGAAAAAUUAAAUGCAUCAAAUAAAAAAGAUGUACUGAAUGGAAAAAUGAAGCUUAAUCCAAUUAUUUACAAAGCUAUAUAGACAUAAAAGAAGACAACAAAUAUGAGUAAUUCUUUUGAAGCAAAAGAUGUGAAAAAGAUAGUAAUUAAGAAUAUGACAUUUAAUAUAGCGAAUCAUGAUAGUCAUAAAGGUUUUUCGUAAUAUCGAGCUAAAAAUAUAGCUAAACAUAUUGCUGAAGUCAAUCCUGAUAUAGUAGGAUUUCAAGAAAUUAGAGAAAAUAGCUGCAUUAAAAAAAACUAAUUAGAAAGAAUCUUAAUUGAACUUUAAAACAUACAGCCAGAUUUUAAGUGGUAUAGUGUAUGGGUACCAUCUAUGAUAUAUAAAAAGGCAGGGAUAAGUACAUGUGCUGAAGGUUUGGGUUUAAUAAGUAGAUUUCCCAUUAAAUCAUUCAAAUAAGAAUUUAUUCCUCUAGAAAAAAAUGCAAAAGAUAAGAACCAGCGCUCUGUGCUAUUUGUUGAAUUAGAAGAUAUUAAUUUGUAAUAUUGUGUUACUCAUUUAAGUUAUUUAGAUGACGAUUAAAUUGAAUAAACAAAGCAGCUAAGAAUAAUUAUAGACAAUUAAUAUGCAAAAAGCGAAACAAACUUAAAGCAAAUAAUACUUGGAGAUUUUAAUUAUCACGAUGAAGAAAAAACAAAGUACUUAUUAGAGGAUGAAGAUAUUAGGGGUUUUAAAGAUACAGCAGUAGAAUUAAAUAAUUUAUAAAACACUUGGAAAUUAUAUAGAUAUGAUAGAAUUUAUUAUAGAGGAACUGGGCUUAUUCCUGUAAAAAUUUAUUCUUAAGAAGGAUGCUCAUGUAAUGAUAAUUAAAAUAGUCACUGUACUAAACAUUAUUGUAGUGAUCAUUUUAGUCUAACUUCAGUAUUUAUGUAUGAAUUUUGA